UCUGCGGUUGCGCGUCAGUCCGGAUUGGCUGUCGGCAUUAAUCGGACAACAAGAGGACCUCAGGGAGGGCACAGGGCAGCAUGUUUACCGCCACCCACUCUCAUAAUUAGUUCGGAUUGAUUAACUCGCUUUAUUUAAUUUUCUGGAAACUCUAUACUCUCCUGUGGAGGCGCACCGAUAAUGUUUUUGUGCCGUACGGAGAGACUGACAGCAGCGGCUCUGGACCAGGUUUUCAAACGUCCGGGCUCGUUCCUGGUCAAAGCAACCCUACGGGGGGACUUAUCGCUGACAGGCGUGACAGGCCACACGUUUCAGCGGCUCCGCUUCCUCAGCGCGUCCGCCGGCGGGCUCCAGCCAAAGCGGACACACCGAAAACCUGAGCCCGUCCAGAACUGGGACACGUCGGCUAGUCUGAUGAUAACAGAGUGGGUUCUACUGGACCGGGUUGCAGCCGUGGCUGUGAAUUUAUCCAGAAGCGUGCACCGAGUGGGCGGUGAGUUCUCAAACACAAGGCUCGGAGGAUACACGAAGGGCGCCGCUGUGUUUACAGGUAACACGGGCAGCAGAAGCAUGCAGACCAGAGCUGCGUCCUCCAGUUCUGCCACGAAGAGGAGCGAGGAGCAGACUGACGGCAGCAAAGCGGAUCUCCAGGAUUCUUCCUCUACCUUAAGCACAGAAAAAGACCACGGAAGCAAACCGGAGCCAGAGGAAGAAAAACCCAACAAAACCCAGCAGCUAAAAAAAGUCUUUAAAGAAUAUGGAGCAGUGGGAGUUUCCUUUCAUAUUGGAAUAUCGCUCAUGUCUCUGGGAAUGUUCUAUCUCCUUAUAUCCAGUGGCAUCGACAUGACGACAUUGCUGUGCAAACUGGGCUUCAGUGAGGAGCUGGUUCAAUCUAAAAUGGCAGCAGGAACCAGCACGUUUGUCCUUGCCUACGCCGUCCACAAGCUCUUCGCUCCAGUUCGCAUCAGCAUCACAGUGGUGUCAGUACCUCUCAUCGUUCGUUACUUCAGAAAGACCGGACUCUUUAAACCGCCCACACCUGCACCCUGACGACUCCUCUUCUCUCCCUCAUGAAACAACAGACAUCCUGUCAUAAAAAUCAAAGCUUUUGUGUUUAUUAUUUUUUUCCCCUCAUUUCUCUUUUGUUCAGUACAGCAUAACCUCUUUUUGCAUUUGUGAAACCUGAUAAAAUAUUUUCUGCUUUUGAUCCUGCUGUAACAGCAUCAGUUUGUUUUGUGCAAAGAAAGUCCGAUGUUAUGCCUUAGUAUUUAUUUGUUCUUGAAAUAAAAGGAGAGAAAAGAA